UGAUAACGGUCUUAUCUUUACCCCGACUGUGAUGUUCAAAUGAGAAAUUAGACAUUGUUUUUCUUGCCUUAAUAAUUGUGUUAAUUUAUUAAUAUUAUAAUCUGAAUAUCGAAAUAUUCCAAUCGUCCAUCAUGGAACCUGUAUCUAACGUUGUAAAAGUACAUUUGGCCAACUACUUAUCCACUCUACCGUUACCUAACACCGUUCUAGGAUGGUUCACUAUCGGAGUACGCGGAUGGCUGAAACUCAUUCCAUUUUUCUCAGCUGUCGGUGGUGUUUCGUACGUUACCUACAGAUAUAUCAAUCCUCGCAGUCCUGUAAACCCUAAAACGAAAAAAGAAUCUCCUAAGGUUGUAGAUGCGUUCGAUAUCGAAGACUUGGGCGACAGCACUGCUUUCUGCCGAUGCUGGAGAUCGAGUAAAUUCCCGUAUUGCGACGGUGCUCACAACGGUUAUAAUAUCGCAGCUUGCGAUAACGUUGGACCAUUGUUAAUUAAGAAGAAAGCUAAAUAAAUACGUUCCGAUGUACUCUGCCUAGCGAACGAUUAGAAUACUAUUUCAGGUUAUACUAAUAAGUUCAAACAAAAUGUUACCUACGUAAACGUUCACGUUGAAUAAUUUUUUUUUCUAAUUUGGUAUCGUAUAUUCGUAAUAGCUUAAGUGUUGUUGUUUGAACACGAGCUUUAUAAUCUAAUAAUUAUUGCUGUUUACUUGUGUGUAAGAUGGUGUUGUAAUUUUACGUUCGUGAAAAAUUAUAUUGCUAUAGAUUCGGUU